AUGGCUUGCUUGGUAGUGGCACGAAGUCCGGAGAAUACUUCGCCUACUGCUGCGCCUAGUACUGCAGGUAGCGACUGUGGAUCAAACAGCGAUAGCAAAAGCGAAAACGACGACUUUUCGGAAGAAGACGGCGACGAUUUCACGUUCAAGCCGAGACAAGUCAAAAAGGUGAACUUCGCUGAGCGAAGAGUUUCUAUCGAUUCCGGAGCUGGUUCUCGAGUUUCUGUUCUUUCAUACGACGAGGAUGAACUCAAGGAUGACAUUGCUCCAUUAGGCCAAAGACAUGUGAGGAAUCGCCGAAACACGCUAUUUCCCAUCAACAAUUUCAAACCGUUGGUCCAGCCUGCUGAAUCUCCGUCAGAUCGGGAAGACGAAAGAAGUCCAUCUCCACAAACUCUUGAUAACAUCCCCCUCAGAUCAAGAAGACCAUCCGUAUCAGAAACAGGGGCGUUUUCUCCCCGAAGAACAUCUCUUCUUCCCGGUCAAGAAGGAGGAUUACUCGGCGGCCCGAAUCUUCAACGAAGAGGAACAAUUGUCCAAGAAGGCGGUCUUCUAGGAGUCAAUCAAAGAAGAAGGCCAACCCUUGUUCAAGAUGAUCUGAUGCAAGGAAAUCUUAAUCAAAGAAGAGGAACAAUUCUUCACGAGGGCGGCAUGGAUAUGCCAAGUAUUUUCAUGGAGCGUCGCGGAACCAUUUUAGAAACGGGCAAUAAUCUUCCUAUGCGAACCUCUUUACGACGCGAAACAACUUGCGACGGGAAAAUCGAUCGAAGUGUAUCCACAGUUGGGGAUAUGGGAAGUUUGAUGACGCUUUUCGGAAAACGUUCGAAUGGAUCUAUUCGAAACAGCAGAAAGUCGUCGAAAAAAUCUAUCAUUCCCAGAUUCGUGGACAAUGACCCAACGAAGCUCUCUGACAACUGCAUUUUCGAAAUCAAUCCGCCAGAUGUUGCUUUUCUGAUCGAGAAAAUAAGCGAAAAUAAAGAAACUCUCGCGGAAGACGAAGAUGAAAAGGCGGAUUUCGACACUUUGACUCGCUUGGUGAAGGAGAUUCUGGACGAGACGAUGCAAGAGCGCGAGGUUUUCGAAGAAGAAUUCAUCAAAUAUCAUGUCGCAAAGAAACGUCUCGUCGAGUUCCCCAAAAAUUUCAGGACUGAGGUCAAUCGACAGGCGGAGACAGCGCGAGAACAGAACUUCAAUAUUAUCAGAAAUCUGAGAAAGCAGCGAAAGAAUAUUGAGCAUGAUCUCGAACAAUUCGAAAAUGAGGGAAGAAGUCUUACCGCCGAGAAUAAGGACGAGAUCGAUCAUAAAGAACUCUCGGACAAGCUCAUGGGCGAGUUGGUGAAUGGACUCAACGAGCGAAUGAGUCAAAAAGCACAGAACCAGAUUCAAUUAAACAAGACUCUCGAAGAAAUCCAGAAGAUCAACGUCGAAAUAGAUCUUCAACCUGGAAAGCUGGAAGAUUUAGAAACCAAUAUCGGCGGGGAAAUCACGGAGCUCAAGAUGAAGACUGAAAUUGCGCUCCAUCACAGUCAAAUAACUGCUGAAAGCAAUGAAAAGAUCAAAGACGAGCUUGUUGAUAUGAAAGCAGAGUCCGAAGACCUGAGACGUUGCACCAAAGAAAAAGAAACAGUUAUCAGCAAGUUGAAAACCGUAGAAUCGCGAGUCAAAAAAGUCUGCGCUGAAGCUGCUGCUCACGGACGGAUUGUUGAUGAAAAGGAAAGCAUUCUCAACACGGCUCUAGCUCGUCAUGAAAAAGCCCGACAAUUGGACAUUGACACAAAAGACCAGCAAGAGCAACUGAAAGUCGAGUGGAAAAAUAAGGGCGAAGAGAAACGUGUUGAGUUAGCAGCAGUUAAUGAAGAAGUCGAAGUCGCUAGAGCAAAAUCAGAAGAGUUAGGAGAAGAAACUUCCGUUCUACAAGACGCUAUAAGUGAAAUUGAAUCAUGCAAAAAACUUGAAGGAAGCGAGCUCGAGCAUAUGUCAACUACAAUUAACGAAGUGAACAAGAAAGUCCACACGCUUUUGGAACAGAACGCUUCGUCCAAUGAUAAAAUUGAAAAAAUCAAAGAUGACACCGAAGGUGAGCAAAAACGGCUAAAUGAGGAACUCGAGAAGGCGGUGAACCUUGCUGUUGAAGCUAAAGCUGCCGCUGUAAAAACUGCUGCCACGUACAAUGCGCUCAAUGAAGAACUCAAUGAUUUGCGACGAAAACUUACAAAAUACAAUCAAGAAUCAAGUGACAUCACCAAAGAUCUGGAAGAAAAGCAAGCAAAAAUAAGCAACUCUCUUUCAAGCUCGAAAUGGCAGCUUGAGCAAGCGAAAACGAACUUGUCCGAAAGCCGCCAAACGCUCGCGAUGAAUAUCAAGAACUUCAAUGAUUCAGAAAAGCAGCUAAAGGAGGACAUCGAAAGAUGGUGCAAGAACUUGGCAGAUAUGAUCGAGAAAAUAAAGGGCUUGCGUGAAACUUUGGCAGAGCGCACGCCACCUUAUGAGCAGUGGAAAAUUGAUCAUAAUGAUAAUGAGGAAGCUGCUCAGCACUGUACAGAUCAACUCAAGCAAGCUCAAAACAAAGAAAAACAAGAAAUUGCUCGAAUCAAGAAUAGAGAGAAAAAUGUUCAAGAUGUCAUUGCUGCUUUCAAAUCUAAAAAAGCAGAAAAAGCGCAAGUCAGACGAGAAACAAUUGCGAAAAUGGCUGAUUUAUCUGCGAAGAUCACUUUUCUUGACAAGACAAACUAUGAGCUGUUGGUAGAAAAGGAGCAAUAUGAAGAAGAAAACAACCGAAUAAAAGUCAUUCGUGAUCGCAUGCGAAAUCAUAUUGAAGAAAUGAGAAAAGCAGACAGACAAACUGGCGUCAGAAUCAUUCAAAUCCAUUAUGAAAUUGAAAACAUGAGGAAAAACCUUCAAGAUUAUCGUGUGUCCUGGGAAAUCUUUUCAAAGAAAUCCGCUGCUGAAGGUGCUCGAAUUCUAGCAUCAUUAGAAACAUUCGAAAAAGAAACAAACGAUCGUACUGCUGUCCUGAAUCUUGUCCAUAAGCACAUGACGACGAUCGAAGAGAGUCUUGAUAUCGAAAAUCCGAUUGUGGAUCUAUCCGACUGUCAGCCUAAAAUCAAGAAGAAAACACUCACAGAAGCGGAAAAACGAAAGUUACGAAAAGUAGCGAUGGCAAAAAUCGAAGAUGCCGCCAUGCAAAACAUUCAUAAACUUCGAAAAACUAAUACUGCUCCGAAACGAGGAGUUAAACUUGUGCCACUGUAG